AUGGCGAUUGUCACUGUUUUUAUGGUACUGCUCAUAACCACCUCCGAGUCUUGGUCAAAAAACAUAGAAGACAAAGCUAAAGUGUCAGAAUUUUUGAAAACAGAAGGUAUAAAGGACGUGCCAUCUUCCGGGAAGGGUAUAAAAAGAGGAAUUUAUAACACGGGGUAUGGCGGUCUUAGUCAUGGAACCUUGAGCUCAGGUUCUUUGGGAUAUUCAGGGCUUGGAUACACGGCACACUCAGGUCUAGGUGUGUCAGGGAUAUCUGCUCCAGCGAUUUCCGCUAUUGGGUCGGUUUCGGGAAUAGGUGCUGCCGUAUCAGCGGUACCCAGCUAUGCUUCAGCUCCCGUGGCCGCGGUGGGCAUUUCUUCUCCAGUAGCCGUCUCCGCCCCGGUAGCAGUGUCCGCGCCUGCAGCGGCACCCGCAGUCCACACCUCCGUUUCAGUAGAGCCAAACCCGGUGAUACUCCGCCAAGAAGUCCCGCGCUACAUAACUCGCACUAUAACUAGAGACGUUCAAGUUCCCGUCCAAAUCCCUGUUCCCGUUCCAGUAGACAGGCAAGUCCCCGUACCCGUACAAGUACCCGUUCCUGUCCCGGUCGACCGACCCGUCCCCGUAAUUCAUAAAGUCCCAGUAGAAGUUACUAGACAAGUCCCAGUGUACUACGAAAAGAGAGUGCCGUAUCCCGUCAAAGUUCCCGUGCAGGUAUCUGUUCCUGUGCCGGUACCGGUUGAGAAGCAUAUACCGGUAGACCGCCCGGUUUAUAUCGACCGGCCCGUGCCCGUGCCGCAUACGGUUUACGUUGAUAGGCCUGUUAAAGUGGCGGUUCCUGUACACGUGGAUAGGCCGUAUCCUGUCCCACAGCCAGUGGUGGUAGAAAGAAAGGUAGCUGUGCCGGCUCCGGUAGCCGUGCCGGCGAUUGCGGCUGCUGUACCGGCCGUGACGGCUGCCGUGCCAGCCGUGCCUGCGGUGUCAGUCCCGGCAGUUUCCAGUAUCCCCUCUUAUGGCUUACCUUCAGUGCUCUCGACUGGGUAUGGCUCCUCUUUCGGCCAUUCAUAUUUGGAUCAUAGUAACUCCAUUUCAUAUCAUUAG